AUGCACGUGCAAGCACAAGUGUGCCUGAGUGUGCGCAAGCGUGCCUGCAUGUAUGCGAGUGCACCCAAGCAUGCCUGGUGCGUGCAAGCACAAGCGUGCCCAAGUGUGCCGGAGCGUGCACAAGCGUUCUUGCAUGUACGCUGCCGCUCGGGGGUGGUGGAGGUGGAGCGCAGCGUGACGGCGGUGCUGGGCCAGGACGUGGUGCUGCCGUGCCGGUACCGGGCGCAGGAGCAGGAGCAGGUGGUGCAGGUGACCUGGCUGAAGCGGGGCCCAGCCGGGCGCAGCGCCGAGGUGGCCGUGCUCAACCAGCAGCACGGGGAGCACGUGCAGGAGCCCUACGUCGGGCGGGUGCUGUGGCGGGCGGACGGGGCGCUGGAGGACGGCGCCAUCAUCCUGAAGAACGCCGUGCAGGGGGACGAGGGUGACUACGAGUGUCACCUCAUCACCUUCCCCAUGGGCAACUUCGAGGGGCGCCUCACUCUCAAGGUGCUGGUGCCGCCGCUGCCCAUCCUGAACCCGGGGCCACCGCUGGAGGAGGGGCAGGGCCGGACGCUGGCAGCCUCGUGCACGGCGGAGGGCAAUCCGGUGCCCUCGGUGCGCUGGGAGACGGAGGUGCGGGGCACCAACACCACGCGCCGCUCGGUGCACACCCGCUCCGCCUCCGUCACCAGCGAAUUCUUCCUGGUGCCUGGGCGCAGCAUGAACGGCAAGAGCCUGACCUGCGUGGUGGCCCACCCCGGCCUGCGCCACGAGAAGAGGAUCACCCACCUCCUCAGCGUUGCCUACCUGUCGGACGCCUCGGUGCUGGGGCACACGGAGGAGUGGCAGGAGGGGAUGGAGGGGGCCACGCUGACCUGCCUGGGGGAUGGCAACCCGCCCCCCACCUACAACUGGACACGGCACCCGUGUCUCCGCCGUCCGUCUGUCCGUGUGUCCCCCCCAGACUCUUCCUACAUCCAUCCAUUCACCUCUCCUUCCCCAGACAACGAGGUGCGCAAGGUGGACCUGGUCUCGGCCUCGGUGGUGGUGGUGGGCGUCAUCGCCGCCGUCCUGCUCUGCGUCCUCGUCGUCGUCGUCGUCGUCAUGACCCUCUACCACAAGCGCAAGACCAAGCGCAUCUCCGAGAAGUAUGAGGAGGAGCUGACGCUCACCCGGGAGAACUCCAUCCGCCGCCUGCACUCCAGCCACAGCACCGACACGCGCACCCAGCUGGAGGAGACGCUGCAGCUGCGUGCGGAGAGCCGGCAGGGCAGCCUGCGCGGGGACAGCCUGCGCGGGGACAGCCUGCGCGGCACCAGCAUCUGCUCUGCCAUGAGUGAAGAGCCCGAAGGGCGCAGCUACUCGACGCUCUCGACGGUGCGGGAGAUCGAGACGCAGACGGAGGUGCCGGCUGUGCCGCUGCUGCCAACCCCAGCAGGGAAGGAGCCGAAGGAGGAGGAAGAGGAUGGUGGCGGCAGGGGAGAUGACCCCAUCAAGCAGGCCAUGACCCACUUUGUGCAGGAGAACGGGAUGCUGCAGGCCAAGCCGACCACUAACGGCAUCUACAUCAACGGCCGCGGGCACCUGGUGUGA